AUGGCUACCUCUUCCACUCUUAUUCACAAUGCUUAUCUUCCUGAUAAUGCAAUUCCAACUGCUGAAACAAGAAUUAAGCUUGCAGAUCGCAUUUCGAUUUCUCCUCUCGGUGAGUACAAUAUUUGGUAUAUCAAUCUCUACUGGCAUAUGCUUACUCGAAUAGUGUUGGGUACUUGGGCCUGGGGUGAUACACGUUUUUGGAAUUGGACGCCUGAAUCAGAUCCAAAAGCCAAGGAAGCAUUUGACAUUUCGAUAUCUAAGGGAAUCAACACGUUUGAUACCGCUGAAGUUUACGGCGAUGGGGAAAGUGAACGUUGUAUUGCUCGCUACAAGGAAAACAAUCCAGCUGCUGCAGACAUUGUGAUUGCUACGAAGUUUUUUCCGACUCCUUUCAAGUUAUUCUAUCCAUCUUCACUCAUUAAUGCUCUUCGAGAAAGUCUUGCAAGAUUGAAGGUUGAAUGCGUCGAUCUUUAUCAAAUUCAUGGUCCUAUUCAUCUUCGUUCCGUUGAAGUUCUUGGCAAUGCAUUAGCUGAAGCUGUCAAACUUGGUCUCACUAAGACUGUUGGCGUUUCGAAUUAUUCAACAGAAGAAAUGAUCAGAAUGUACGAUUGUUUACAAAAGCAUGGCAUUCAACUUGCAUCGAAUCAAGUCGAAUAUUCGCUUAUUCGACGAUUACCGGAGACAUCUGGCCAUAUUGCUGAAUGUCACAAACGAGGUGUUGCCGUUCUGGGAUAUUGUCCACUUGGUAUGGGUGGCUUGACAGAAAUCAAACAUAAUAUAAUUUCAUUAAAAUUAUCAAAUGAAGGUGCACGUGGUCAAAUUCAAGAAUUUCUUUCCUUAUUUCCAUUAAAUGAAUUUAUUAAUCUUCGAUCAUUAUCAUUAAUUUAUUUAAAAGAAAAAAAUAUUGAACAAUUAAAUCGUAUGUUACCAUUAUUAUGUAAUUUAUAUUAUUUUUCUUUUACUGAUGAUUUGAAAUAUAAAACUCGAGUAAUACUAUCUGCAUUAUCAAAGUCCAAAUUACGAAUAUUAUCAAUAGCAGAAUUUCCAUAUGACAUAUUUAUUUUUAAAAAAAUCUCAAUAACAUCAUUAAGAAUAUUUUCUUGUCGAUUGGAUGAAUUAUGUGAACUAUUUCAAUAUGCAUCGAUGUUAAAGUAUUUAAAAAUUGAACACUUAUUUAAGUUGUAUAGGCGUGAUCCAUCGAAUUUUCCUAUUGAUAAGGCUAUUUAUUUAAAAGAAUUGAUUGUGGAUUAUUCAAAAGCUAACUUUGAAAUGCUUGAACUAUUGUUAAAACGUAUACCAAAUUUAACAAUUUUUACAAUAUGUUCUCUAGAGAGAAUUGAUAUGAUGAAUGCUAAUCGUUGGCAACAUUUGAUUGAAUCAUCAUUAUCAUAUUUACGUGUUUUCAAUUUCAAGUUUUAUUUUAAUGAUAGAUAUUGUUAUGAUGACACAAUGAACAAAGUUCAACAAUUUCAAACUAAGUUUUGGUGUAAACAACAUCAUUGGUAUACAAAUUAUGAAAUUUCUUAUAAAUCAGCAUCAAUCUAUACAAUGCCAUAUGUAUGGAAUCAAUACUCAUUAUCACCUAAUAUUGAUAGAUACGAUCAUUCAAAUGAAUUUGAUAAUGUUACGAAUUUAACUUUGUUAAGAAUGAAAAUUAAAGAUAAUUCAACAUAUUAUUUUAAAAAUGUUAAAUCAUUAACAUUAAGAGAUAAAUAUGAUUAUUACUAUCUACAAAUAAGACUAAUAAAAUCUCUUAAUAGGAUUGUCAAUUUAUCAAAUAUUAAACAUUUAGGACUCAUAAAUGAAUACAACAUGGAUUUAUCAACACCAUCAUCAUUAUUAGAAUUAUUAAAAGAACUCCCAUAUGUAUCAUCAUUAGAAAGUAAUAAAUAUUAUUUAAAAUCAUUUUAUAACAAUCUUGAAUUAUGCGAACAUUUAAAUAGAAAGAUUAAUAGAUUAUAUAUUUUUGGUGAUUCCAUUUAUUGGUGUAUUAAAUCUGUUGAACUCGAUAUGAUUUUUAAAAUAUUUUCAAAUGUCGAACAACUUUAUUGUCAUAUAGAAAAACUUGAUGAUUUAUUAUCAAUAUUAAGACAAUGUUCAAAAUUAUUACUGAUAAACCUUUCACUUAUUAAUAAAAAUAUAUAUUCAUGGUAUAAGAUGAAUGCGUCGAAAUUAAAUGUAUACAUUGAUUUUAAGGAAAUUGAUUAUCGAGUGGAAUAA